AUAAGUCCAGGACCAGCCUAUUGGCUCAGAGUGUCUAACAUUCUGAAGGAGGAGUUGUAAAGUAUGACGGCCACAGGCUGGAAUGACUUCCUGUGACACUCAGUGUUGCAUCUCAGUGGAAUGAGUCUCUGUCUGGAUGUACUCCUGUGCCUAACCAGUACAUUAUAGAAUGGAUGGGAGACAUUUUCCAAGAUGGCAUGCAACUUGGACAGCAUCAACUUUUCAGACACCACCGUCAGAGAGUCGAGUUCCACCCCCACAACAUCACUGGCCUUACGAGUUAAAAAUGAGAAGGAAUUUGUCUCCAGGAAGCUCAAACACGGCACACCAGUUUUGUUGUCUCUGUCUAGAUAUUUAAUAAGUGGAGCAAGGGAUUCAAUCGACCAUCCUUCCUGCUCAGACUGUGGGGAGGGAUUAACUUGGUCAUUUGACCAACUGGCAAGCCCGUCAUUUUACACAGGAGAAAGGCCAUUCACUUGCUCAGAAAGUGGGAAUGGAUUCACUCAGUUAUCUCAAUUGGAAGGUACAAAUUCACACUGGGCAAGGCCAUUCAUCUGUUCUGUGUGUGAGAAAGGAUUCAGUUGGUCUUCCCACCUGUGGACACACCAGUCAGUUCACACCAUACUGGGCAGAGGCUAGUCAUCUGCUGAAUUUCUGGGAAAGGAUUCACUCAGUCAUUUGACCUAAUGGCUCACCAGCGAGUUCACACCAGGGAGCGGCCGUUCACCUGCUCAGUCUGUGAGAAGAGAUUCACUCACUCUUCCACCCUAUGGAAACACCAGCGCGUUCAUACUGGGGAGAAGCCAUACACCUGCUCAGUCUGUGGGAAGAGAUUCACUGAGUCAUCCACCCUACUGGUACAUCAGCGAGUUCACACUGGGGAGAGGCCAUUCACCUGCUCUGUCUGUGGGAAGGGAUUUAAUCGGUUAUCCCACCUACAGAGUCACGAGCGAGUUCACACUGGGGAGAGGCCUUUCACCUGCUCAAAAUGUGGAAAAGGAUUCACUGAUCCAUCCAACCUACAGAGACAUCAGCGAGUUCACACUGGGGAGAAGCCGUUCAUCUGCUCAGAAUGCGGGAAAGAAUUCACUGAGUUAUCCAACCUACAGAGUCACCAGCGAGUUCACACUGGGGAGAAGCCAUUCACCUGCUCAGAGUGUGGGAAAGGAUUCACUGAUUCAUCCACCCUGCAGAGUCAUCAGCGAGUUCACACUGGAGAGAAACCUUUCACCUGCUCAGAAUGUGGGAAAGGGUUCACUCAUUUAUCCAACCUACGGAGACACCAGAGAGUUCACACUGGGGAGAAACCAUUUACCUGCUCAGAAUGUGGGAAAGGAUUCAGUGAGUCAUCCACCCUACUGGUACAUCAGCGAGUUCACACUGGGGAGAAGCCGUUCACCUGCUCAGAAUGUGGGAAAGGAUUUACUGCUUCAUCCACCCUGCAUAGUCACCAGCGAGUUCACACUGGGCAGAAGCCUUUCACCUGCUCAGUCUGUGGGAAAGGAUUCACUCGGUCAUCCAACCUACAGAGUCAUCAGCAAGUUCACACUGGAGAGAGGCCGUUCACCUGCUCAGUCUGUGGGAAGAGAUUCUCUCAUUCAUCCACCCUACAGAAUCAUCAGCGAGUUCACACUGGGGAGAAGCCGUUCACCUGCUCAGUCUGUGGGAAGAGAUUCACUCAGUCAUCCCAAGUACAGAGUCAUCUGCGAGUUCACACUGGGGAGAAGCCGUUCACCUGUUCAGAAUGUGGGAAGGGAUUUACUCAGUUAUCCCAACUACUGAGUCAUCAGCGAGUUCACACUGGGGAGAAGCCGUUCACCUGCUCAGUCUGUGGGAAGGGAUUCACUGAUCCAUCCAACCUACAGAGUCAUCAGCGAGUUCACACUGGGGAGAAGCCGUUCACCUGUUCAGAAUGUGGGAAGGGAUUUGCUCAGUCAUCCCAACUACUGAGUCAUCAGCGAAUUCAUACUGAUGAGAGACCAUUCCCCUGCUCAGUCUGUGGAAUGAGAUUCACACAUUCAUCCACCCUACAGAGACACCAGCGAGUUCACACUGGGGAGAAGCCAUUCACCUGCUCAGUCUGUGGGAAGAGAUUCACUCGGUCAUCUGACCUACAGAGUCAUCAUCGAAUUCACACUGGGAAGAAGCCGUUCACUUGCUCAGAAUGUGGGAAGAGAUUCACUCAUUCAUCCACCCUACAGAAUCACCAGCGAGUUCACACUGGGGAGAAGCCAUUCCCCUGCUCAGUAUGUGGGAAGAGAUUCACUCGCUCUUCCACCCUGCAGAGACAUCAGCAAGUUCACAAUGGGGAGUGGCCAUUGUUAUGAAUCCCUAGGUUUCAUUUGCUGUGGACUGUCAUUUGAAGAGAGACAGAGAUUAAGAAGGUGAAUCAGUCUGACUUACAGCUUAUUUACA